CUUCGUUACAGCUUCAUGAGUUUAUCGGUAUUUCUCGGACACCUGCAAGAAGCUGGAUGCGCUGUGGGUGCCGCGUUCUUCAAAAACCUGCUUCUGGCUGCUGUUCAUCGGUCAAAGGGGCAGCGAGGCGGGGGCUGUGUUUACAGGCAGCUGAGCUACGCCAGCCCGAGCCACGCAGAGAGGCUUCUUCCGGCGCUCGGGGGCGGCCGCUGCCCGGCUCGCAACAGCGUUUACCGCCGUCGCCCGAAAUCGCCUCAGCAGGAGCUCGCAGGCAGGGCAGGGGCGGUGGGGCGCGCGCAGUGGCCAAGGGCCGUUGCACAUGCGCAGUGCGUGCGGCAGGGCGGUGCGGAGAUGGGCGCCGCCAUGGCACUGCAGCUGCUGCACGGUGCACCAAGGACAGCGAGGUCAUCACUGCUUUGCAGCUCUCUGCGGAGCACCAGCUCUAAUGCAGAAGGAAGAUCUGAACCUGUUAAGCAGUCACUUAAGAAACCGAAGUUACCAGUAGGUCGGUUUGAUGAACCAGAAGAGUCCAAUAUAGAGAGUGAACCACUGGAAAAAUUUCCUGAUGGAAUCAAUCCUACUACAAAAGAGAGGGGUGGACCUAAAGGCCCUGAACCUACACGUUAUGGAGACUGGGAGAGAAAAGGACGUUGUAUAGACUUUUAAUGUACAAAUGUAUCUAUUGCUAUUUAAAUAUUUUUAGUUGCUGAAAACAAUAAUAUAUAGAGAAAUUUCACCUAGAUUUUCCUCCCUAUUGUGAAGCUUCUUGUUUCUGUCAUGUUUUUGGUGAAUUUUCUGAGAGAUAUUUUAUGUAAAUAAACAUGCUGUGGUAACUCAAAUUUUGAGCUGUUACUUGUAUCAUAUGCAUCUGAUCUUUAAUGGUAUUUAGACUCCCUAUUACAAGCUUAGUGAUGUGAAAUUGGUAGUGAGAAUUUUACUGAGAUAUAUAAGGGCUUGGAUUUUUUUUAUGUAAUUAAAAAUUUAUGUCAUGUCUUAAAUGCUGAAAGAGCUUUGGAGUUCAUGAACCUGUGUACUGUUCAUCAAAAUUACAGCCACCUCUGAGGAGAAGAUCAGUAUUUAGCUGAUAUACAGCAUAGUGGUAAAAGACCCCCUAAUCAAGAACCAUCCCCUCUGUCUUUUUUAGAGUGGGAAAGGUUUUCUUUACUGUUUGUGCAGAGUGGGCAGAAACUCAAUUUUAUCUUAUCUUGGGCUGGCAGGCUUUAAAUGGCAUGAUGCUUGCUUAUCAGCCAAAGAGAAAUGGCGGUUAAUUCCAGGAGGGUCAGCUCAUGAUUUCAGGUAGUAGAGGGAUGCUAUAUAUACAGUUUUGGAAUACUGUUUUUUAUAACUUAGCUAAAAUAAUUACAGCUAUUUGCAUUAUCUUUCUUUGAUCAAUACAGAUGUCUAUUUGAAAAUUGGCUAAAAGCUGCCUGAGGAAAAAUAACAUUUUUUUCUGAUACCUGAAGGUCAAAAGGGGACUAUUACAUUGGAUGAUCUUUGUAUUGCAGGUCUUUAAACUUCACUCAGUCAUCUGGCACUGAGCUAAAUAUCUGUUAGUCAAACUCAACUCAGUUUUUCAUUCAAGAAUUUACUUAGUGAAUACUUCUGGAGAGUGCAAAUCCACCGCUUUUGUGGUUACUAAUUAACUAUGAGAAUAAGCUAUCAUUAAAAAUGUGAGCCACUUUCCUAAUUUUAAUUUGUCUGACUUAAGCUUUCAGCCAUUCUCAUCAUGUCUUCUCACUGAAUUAAUGAACAUAUUAAUGCCUCGUAUUUGCUGUGCAAAUUCUUUUUGAUAGACUAAAUAAAUUGGUUUUCUCUAGUCUUUCACUGUACGUAAUCUUUUCCUUCCCUUUGUGCUUCUUUCCUGAUAUUUUGCUGAUUUUUCAGCCUCUUCACUCUUACUUACUACUCUCCUGCUUAAAUAUCCACAGUUCCUAUUAGCUGUUUUGCCAUAGCAUCACAGUGGGCAUUAAAACUGAAUAAAUAUUUCUUUGAGAGCAAAGGAUAGUCUCACAUUCUAUGGCCUACUAAUUUUUUUCCUACGUGGAUAAUUCUGCCUUUUGCUGUGCCAAAGCAAAUUUUACCUGAUGAAAGUCAGCUUUACACCAUGAUUUAUAUGGUUCAGGAUUACUCUAGCUCUGUGUAAGAACGUACCACUUUACUCAGCUUUGCUUUUUGCAUGGUUUUAUUAAAGCAUCAAAGCAUGUCAGUCUUAUUACAGAUCUCUGUAAAACCUCGCUAAAACCCACCCAACUUGUAGUCAGGAGGAAAUCUCAUUGAGGUCUGUCAGUUUGUAUACUGAAUGUGUAUUUUAUUGAUGUGGUAUCAUGCUAGUUGUGAAUUAAGAUGACUCACUGCCAUGAUACCAUGAUAAAGAAAUACUUGAUCUGUUCAGUCAAGUUUAUCAACCGAAUAUCUUAUUAAAGAGUAAAAUGAGGUUUGUUAAAACCUAUUUUUUGUAAAAGACAUACUGACUAGUGGUAUUUACAUUUCAAGCCUUUAAUUCUCUGUAAAUUUAAAUUCUGCAGUAUCGUUUGAAUGUUGGAAAAUUAAUGUCUAUUUACGUGACUCAUCCUAUUUGCCCUUCUGUAGUACAACAGUAACAAUUUUUCAAAAUCUAUUUAAAUGGUCAGCUACCUAAAAUAUACUGGGUAUAUUAGGUAUAUGGGUCAGCUAUCUAUAAACUUUAAUGUACAUUGUUUAUUAAAAUGUUUGUUUCUAAUAUUGCUUUGGCUCCUCCUUAGUUGCCAGUGUACUAGAAAAUGCAUCAUACAAUACACCACCUACUUUUCAAAUACAAAGCAGAAAUUUUAAGUGGAAACUUGCCAUUUCUGCAUCAUUAUUAAUAGGCUUAAUGUCUUAAUUAGUGAUUAAUUAAGAUGAGACAAUAACAAUACUGUAGUUAUUUUAUUUCUGAAAUCUAAAUCUCAUUCUCCUUAUCCAUGGAUUGUUGCAUGAUGUUACCAUUAUCUUGUUACCAGGUUUUGUACUUCCCAGUAUAAGCUCCAUUAAUGGUUAUCUAGUUCCACUUUUGACAUUCUUCAUGUUCAGUUCUAAUUGUCACCUUCACCACAGAUGAAUUUUUAGCUGCAGUCCUCCCUGGUUGCAGAACUGGGUCUUCUUGGCUGUCCUAUAAAGAGCUAUUCUCAUUUAUCUGUGGUUAUUCUUCUUUCGAAUUAACUUCAGUCUCCCUCUGCUUUAUGAAUAAGGGCUAGAUCUACUUACGUUUUUGGCAAAAUGGAGGUUCCUGUAUCUGAGCCUGCAAUCCUUCCCUGCCUUGCUGCUAUCCUCAAAGUUAAUAAAUAGCUGGUUGUUUUCCUGUCUGACCAGAAUGCUCUUUAGGCACCUGAGGGUCUGCUCUGAGGCAGACAGUGGCUGCCACUGCGUGAGCCACAAGCAGUUGUUUCCACCGCAGCUCAAGCAGGAGCUGGACACUCCCUGCCUGCAGCCGCUGCCCUUGAGAGUGCUGUCCAGACCAAGACCAAAUGCCUCACAAAGGCAGGGGCAUUGCUUUCCUUCAGCAAAUACAAAGGCUUUUGAUAACCCAUGUUGUAAAUACUUGUCAAGAGGUAGGCACUCAGGAAGCGGAGGACUCAGUUUCAGCUUCAGACCCUCUUUACCACCGCAGGCCAGUAUCUGUAACCACCACACUUUUGCUUAGUUGGUUAGAGAAUGUGUCAAUACGAGAUGAAAGCUGAACAUUUGGAUGAGCAAAGAACGUAACAUCUGAACAGAGAGCAUCAAGGAACCUUAUUCUGUGGUCUAGCAAUCUGGCACUUAGCAGAAAGAGAAGGCCUGGGUUCCACGCAAAGAAGGCCAAAAUAAUUGCUUUGUGGUGCGCAAGAUCACUUGUGGUAUCUGUCAAAACCAGUCAUGGCUGGAAUGUAACAACUGAUAAAUGAUACUGCAGGGAAUAAAUGAAUGUCUGCAGUUAUGAGAAAAGUACAUCAGUAAUUUUUCAGUGCUAUCUUCCUGCCCUUUCUAGAUGAUUAAUAUUAGCAAUUCACUGUAAUACAGCAUUGGGGUAAACGCAAUGUGGCAUUAGCCAUUAGAUUAGCCACAGAGGCAUGCUUGUAUCAGAAACACUGAGCCUAUUUCUGUAGCCCUUUUUGUUAUAUAGCAGAUCAUAAAGCAGCAGAGGUUAUAUUCUUCUGUUCUCUUAAAUUUUUGUGAGACAAAAAAAAUUGUUCUGCCUGUGUAAGCAAGAUCUUGUAGUCUUGGAGGAUGCAUGUUGCUGCGUUUUGUCAUCUUUAUUAAAAAGCUACAUGUGUUUUUGCAGUAGGCUUUCUUUUUUAAAGUUAAGCUUGUUUCUACUCAUUUGCAUAGAUACCUUUGUAUAUCUAUUAAAAUUAUGAAGUCUUUAUUGUUUGAAAGAAUUGCUGUAUAAUUACCUUAUUACAAAAUACAUAAAAUUGCACUCUACAAUUAAAGAAAAUGUUUACUGUAUAUUGCCUUGUUUGGGAAGUAUAUAUUUCAGUGCUAAUUUUACCAAGACAGUUAAAAUGGAAGAUUUUAUUGUAUAGCUGAAUCAGAGUAAAAUUACCCUGUAUCACAGCAGAUGUUUGUUAAAAAGUAUAGAAUGUAAAAAAGUUUAGAAUGCUGUUACAAAUUUCUGUGGGAUUUGCAAGCCACUGGAAAACCUAUGGUGUUUUUAUGAGAAAACUUUACUACUUUUUCAGUUGAUUGCAAUAAAUGAUCACAGAUUCCAA